CCCGUGUGUGAAGUGGUCACCUGGCCUCUCUGGAAAUGGCAUUGUUGCUAUUAGCUUUGAUGCUAACUUAGCUUGUUAGCGUGUCCGGCUAAGUGGCUGCUGAUACACUAGCUAUAAGUGGACGAGCAUGAACAAGUCUGGAGUGAUGCCUCAAGAGAAGAUGGACCUGGAUCUGGAGGUGGCCUCUUCCUUAAUUCAGCCCGAUGGACACCUGAGGAGAUCGAACAGUGCUCCCAUGAUCAAUGUCUUGAGCGAUAACUCUCAGGUGUUCCAGAGAGAGGUCCUCCGCUGUCGCAGGAACAGCACCACAGUUGUCAACAGGCCUAACAUGGUCCCGUCUUCACCAAUCCGCAUCCCCAGCACCAGACUUCAUCAGAUAAAACAAGAAGAAGGAGUAGAUGUGAUGAACAGAGAAACGGCUCACGAGCGGGGAGUUCAAGCUGCCAUGCAGAUGAGCCAUUCCUGGGAGGAAAGCCUCAGUCUGAGCGACAAUGAUUUGGAGAAGUCGGCGUCUUCUUCUCCCAAGAGGAUCGACUUUGUUCCUGUGUCACCUGCGCCGUCUCCAACCAGAGGAAUAGGAAAAAAGCAGUGUUUCUCUCCUUCACUCCAAAUACUUGUCAGCAGUAAUGGUCUCACGCCCAGCCCCAUACCCAGCCCAACACGCCGCUUUAGCCGACGGAGUCAGAGUCCAAUCAACUGCAUCAGAGCCAGCAUCCUGGGCCCAAUAAAACGCAAAGCAGGUGAGAUGGAGACAGAGAGUCAACCUAAAAGGCUCUUCCAGGGCACCACCACCAUGCUGUCUUCAGACGUGUCCACCCUGUCUGAUCUCAGUUCCUGUCACUCUCCAGAUUUACUCGACGGCAGCCUCAGCAGCGCCUGCUCGUCCACCGACUCCCCCAGCAAAAUGGAAGGCGUGUCACCUUCAUCCUCCAGCAACUCGCCCUUCGCCUCGCUUCAGGAUUUGUCUCCAAAGCGAACAUGAGCUGGAGAGACUUGAACCCGCAGGAAAAACCAGUUCCUUAAACUUGUAGUUUACGUGGAGUUCCUGAUGUCGGCCUCUGAACCACUGUUUUCACCGAGGGUCUGGAAAUGUUUGGGCGAGGAGCCCUCAUGCCCCGGCCUCGUGUGAGCAAACCCGACUAAAGACACUGUGAGCACCGGCUGCUAGUCGGCCAUCUUGGAUGGUGCUUGGCUGCUGUGUGAUGGUUGUGUGGGACACUGAGCACUGGACAGACUGUUGUGUACAUUUUCCUGUUUCCAUGCUGGAAAGCUUCUUUGUAUGUUUGCAGAUUUUUGUAAGAAAAUAUUUAACUUAUUUUAUUUCUCCCUGCUUGGUUUGUAAAUAUGUACAUACACCCCGAUGUCGUAUAGUUUUACAUUUAUGAGUGAGGUGAAUGUAG